CAGCUCAACCUUCAGCCUGCUCGACAAACAAGCAACCCUCACAUCAACAACAUCACCCCAAAGACCUUCCAUGGACAUCUUACCACAGAAUCUCUCGUUGCGCACACGUCCUACGGGCCCAUGGAACCACGGGCUUCCUCAACCGCUUAGCUUCGUACCCUGAUCCCCGCACCAGAUUCUGCAGACCCUGAAAAGCGCCAGGGCCCUUAUCAAUACAUUAGAUAUCUUUGGAACACCAUGACUGGCUUCCUGGGCUUACCUCUCGAACUCAGAAACCAUGUGUACGACCUGCUCCUCCAUGAAGACCUUGCCCCAUCAUUCCGCGGGGUGAUGGUUGUCUCUGAAGCCUACGUCAAGCGCGAUUUACCCAUGAAGUCCUACCGCGGCCUUCUCCUCGUCUGCCAUCAAACAUACCAGGAAUUCAAGACCGCAAUCCAACAUCUCGCCGCCUCGAAGCAACUGAAUUACGAACUGGACAUUACCUUUUCCCACGGUCGCCCGUAUUUUUCACUGACAUGGAAGCGCUUCGCGGCCCUCUCACCAAUAAUCAACCACCUUCUCAUCAACGUGGACCUGCGCAUCCAAGAACCCCUCGGCACAUCUGAGUAUAUUCCCCACGACCACGAACUAGCGCACCUGAUCGAAGACCUGCCCGAGUCCUUCGCGGUGCAAUUGUUCGACUACAUAGCCAUCCUUCUCAAAUCCCUGUUCAACCUGCUCCUCUCUGGCAACCCGUCUACUUCCAUCCUAUACACAGAGUCCAUGACCUUGAAUUUGCGCACGCCGACGCGCUUGACAUUGUCCGGAGGUUCUCACCAUAAUCCACACGGCUGCUCGCGCAGGAUUCCGGUGGACAAGCACGAGGUUACUAAGUUGUGGACGACGAUGCGGAAUACGCUGCAGGCGACGAGUAAGGGCUUCCAGGCGUUUGAGGCGAGGAAAUGUGAGGAGCUGUUUCCGAGGAUUCAGAUUGGGUGUUUGAGAUUUGCGACGGAGGACCGCAUUUGGGGAGAGGGGCAUAACUUGAUUCUUGCCGAGAGGGAUUUUAUGUGGUUGAGGUAUUGAAAUGAAGGCUACACGGAUCAUGAUGAAUGACAGACACGGCCGACACGCAGCAUUGAACAGCAUUUACGGCGUUUGGGUAUUUAGCGUAGCAUAGCACAGCACAUACAGUCAUGAUGUUGAUCACUUUAAUUUCUGUCACAUACCAAGCCGCGCAAUGACGUUGCUG